GAGGAGGGGACAAGCCGAGCGGAGGGGAGACCCGCCGCCUCCCUCCCUCCCUCCCUCCCUCUUGCGCUGACUCGCUCCCUCCCGGGCUGCGGCUGCUGCAACAGAGACAGUGGUGGCAGCAGCAGCGGGAACAGUCUGGAGGCCGGCGUCGAGGAUCUGCUGCUGUCUCUACCGCACCAUCUUCCCUUCUAUCCCCACAGAGGCCUUCUGCCCUCUCCCAUCUCAAGAUGGCAGCCAGCAGCUCCGAGGUCUCGGAAAUGAAGGGGAUAGAGGAGGGUCCCCACACCCAGGGAGAGGGGCCUGGCCAUUCUGAAGCCGGAACUGGCCCUGUCCAGGUCCCAGCUAGGGUCCCAGAUGAGCCAGAGGCCCUGCAGCCAGGCCCAGACAUCCGUGGAACUCCAGAAACCACAGAGACCCCUACUCGGGCCCCCGAAACAGCCCAGGCCAGAGAUCCCACCUCAAGCCCAGGAGGGGAACCAAAGGCUGCCUCCAGCCCCAGAGAAGCAUGCCAAGAGCCAGCAUCCAAGCCAGAAGUGAGCAAAGAGGCCACUGCAGACCAGGAGUCUAACCUGGAUUCUGCAGGCCUGUUUGAGCCAGCCUCAGAGCCUGGUGGUCCCCAGCUGGCCCCCCAGUCAGACCCCCAGCCAGGUUCCCAGUCCACCCCCAAACCACCCCUUCAGCCAGAGCCCCCCACCCCUGAGACCUUGACUGAGAGCCUGGGGGAAAAGCAGGAGAACGGGGCAGUGGUUCCCCUGCAGGCUGGCCCAGCCCCCGAGCCUCACUCACCCCCCUCAGCAAACCCCCCGCCAGCCAAUGGGGCUCCCCCCCGCAUACUACAGCAGCUAGUUGAGGAGGACCGAGCUGGAAGGGCUCACAGUGGGCACCCAGGAUCUCCCCGAGGUAGCUUGAGCCUGAGCCGCCACCCCAGCUCCCAGCUAGCAGGGUCUGGGCUAGAAGGGGGUGAAGGCACCCAGAAACCUCGGGACUACAUCAUCCUCGCCAUCCUGUCCUGCUUCUGCCCCAUGUGGCCCGUCAACAUCGUGGCCUUCGCUUAUGCUGUCAUGUCCCGGAACAGUCUGCAGCAGGGGGACGUGGAUGGGGCCCUGCGUCUGGGUCGCGUGGCCAAGCUCUUAAGCAUCGUGGCGCUGGUUGGGGGGGUCCUCAUCAUCAUCGCCUCCUGCGUCAUCAACUUGGGCGCUCGUCCAACCUCUUGGUCUCUCUAUUCCUACACUUCUGGAAACUUCUCUGCACUUCUGGAAACCUCCCUGAACAUCUACCAGACUCUUUGCUCUCAGCCUCCCUGCAUCUCUCCCAGCCUUCCUGCAUUUCUUCCAACAACCUCCUGAAUUCCCUGCCCCUCAACCCUGGUCGUCCCUCCGCCCCGACUUUCAUCGUCUUGGCAUCUUCCCCCAUUCCCUUCUUCCUUCUCUCCUUUAUCAUCUCUCCUUCCCUCUCCACACCCUCUGCCCUUCAGGAUCCUUUCCUCCACCCUCCUGCCACCGUUUAUUCUGCAAAAACUCCAGCACUUAGAUCAGGCUGGGAGAGGGGAGCAUGUCAGGAGGACUAUAGCCCGGGGCUCCGGACUGUUCCCUGCUGGGACCACCCAGGUCCACCCAAGGGCGCCUCGGGGUCGCAGAGCUGGCAAGCCAGGUCUCAUUUGGGGACUGGUGCCGGACUGGCGAGCGUUGUUCCAAACGUGGGAUAAGGGAGAGGCGCAGCUGUGGACCCUCUCCAGUCAGCCAGAGUUGACCUGCCCCACCUGGGCUUUUUAACCCGGUCGGCGAGUUUCUUAAAGGGGUCGGGGCUGGGGUCAUUCACGUGCUUUGUACCGAAAGAACCCCCAAAUAGGACCAAAGCUCCCAGCCGCAAGAAGCGAGAGGGGCGGGGAGCUAUAUAAUCAUUUUCCAAGAGGAGGGAGGUUUGUUGCACGCGACAGUCCGCUAGGGAGGCGGGGACCUAGCGAUGACACAGUUCGGAGUUGGCGGGGUUUUUGUUUUCUAAAAAAAAAAAAAAAAGUGUGGAGGGGGGGAACUAAAAGUCUAAAAAAAAAAAAAGGAUACAUCAAACCGACUCUCCCUUUUUGUAUGCCGGAUGAUGCAUGAGUCUGAAACACCAAUAAACGGAGACUGCAUGACA